AUGGCUUCUGCUCACGAUCGAGUAUUCUAUAAGACCAGCGAGUUCCUUGCGAUUGUAUUCUAUCUGGGUGCUUGGCUACUACAGCGACAUUUCCCCCUCACAUUUUUUGACGACGAGAACAAGCAAUUGGAGAACAUCCUCGUCGUGGCCGGACUGGGUCUCCUUGCUGCAGGAGGUCUUCUGGUACUGUCAGUGAAAACGGAACUCAACAAGUAUUCGCAGUCCUCGCAGCCUGGGAAACCCACUACUCGGCUCAUCCAAACGGGGCCCUUUGGCUUCUCACGAAAUCCCACCUAUCUGGCAUUUGUUGGCCUGCUGUUUCCGGGAAGCGCUCUUUGGUGGGGAACUCCUUGGAUGUUGGUGUUGUCGCCAAUUUCGGGUUUGGUCUUCUAUCGUGUUUUGAUUCGAGAUGAAGAAAUAUAUCUAAAGAUGCAAUUUGGGGCGGAAUGGGACACCUACCGCCGGCGAACACGACGGUGGUUGUAA